AUGUACGAGGGCAUGUUGGCCAAUGGCACCGCCGCAGGAGGCCAAUUGACCACCACCACGGAUGUCGAGAACUUCCCCGGUUUCCCCGCCGGCGUGGGAGGUACGGAGCUCAUGACGAGAAUGCGCGAACAAUCAGUUCGAUUCGGAACAGAAAUCAUUACGGAGACCAUCUCGCGGGUUGAUCUGUCCUGCCGUCCGUUCAAAUUGUGGAAGGAAUGGUCUGACGGACCAGAGGAUGCUCCCGCGCAUACUGCCGAUGCCUUGAUCCUUGCGACUGGUGCGAAUGCGCGCCGGUUGGAUUUGCCCGGUGAGGAUAAGUACUGGCAAAACGGCAUCAGCGCGUGUGCUGUCUGUGACGGCGCAGUGCCGAUUUUCCGCAACAAGCCGCUAUUCGUCAUCGGUGGAGGAGACUCCGCCGCGGAAGAGGCUAUGUUCUUGACCAAAUACGGAAGCACUGUGACUGUGCUUGUUCGCAAGGAUAAACUACGUGCCAGCAAGACCAUGGCGACCCGGUUGUUGAACCAUCCAAAGGUUGAGGUGAAAUUCAACACUGUCGCCGUGGAGGCCCAGGGUGAACCGGGACCAAGGGGCUUGAUGACCCAUUUGAAGAUUAAGAACGUGGUUACGGGCAACGAGGAAGUUCUUCCCGCAAACGGAUUGUUCUACGCCGUUGGCCAUGAGCCUGCUACUGGGUUGAUCAAGGGCCAGGUCGAGACUGAUUCGGAGGGAUACAUCGCGACCAAGCCAGGAACCAGCUACACGAACGUCGAGGGUGUCUUUGCUGCGGGAGAUGUGCAGGACAAGAGAUAUAGGCAGGCCAUUACCAGCGCAGAGAUGCCAGCGGAACAACCCGCGGUUACAACGACGAUACAACAGUCUGCAACACAACAAGAGCAAGCGGACGAGGCAAAUCCACCUGCGUCGUUGGAGUAUAAAUCCAACCCGUUGCUCUAA